AUGGCAUGGCUUCUGAAGCGUUUGGUGUUGGCAGCCUUGGCCCUGUCUUCGCUCUCUUCAGCAGCGGAAUGGGAUGAUGUGAGAGAUUGCGAUGGUGGCUGUGACGACAAUGACCAUGACGAGGAGACCCUUUUCCAGAUGAGUGCGGUUCUGCUGAAGCAGGGCGAGCAAGCACCACAGGUCCCUCAGGCCUUCGAUGAGAUGGCACCCCGCCCUGGAUCUCCUGGGCGAAGUCGCCGGAGCGCUCCGGCGAGGGCGACCGAUCGAGCACCGGCGCCGGCGAGUCGGCGCACCGCAGGAUGA